UUCUAUCUUCUUUCUAUUUUUUCCUUUCAUCUAAUUUUCUACCUUUCCAAACACGCUGCAACUGCCUGGGGACUGGAAAGGAGAAAAUCUCCCACAUUCCCCCCUCCUCAGCGAGCAUUUCUGACAAAGAAGCUGAACCCAGCAAGAAGAGGAGAUGGGUGUUGUGAUUCUGAUGCUCUUUUGCCUUACCAUACACUUUGCAGCGUUUUCUGAACAAAUCCAUGCAAGAAUUGAACGAGAUUCAAAUACCCAUUUGAGGAGGAGAGUCAUUGAUGCGAAGGGCGGGCCGGAAUCCCUGAUAUGGGUGGUGCAGCUCUCUGAUCUCCAUUUCAGUGUGCACCAUCCUGAUAGAGCUCUUGACUUCAGGGCCUUGGUGGGUCCAGCUCUUUCCAUGAUCAACCCUUCUCUUGUUCUCAUAACUGGUGAUCUCACAGAUGGGAAAAGCAAGGAUUUGUUAACAAUGAAGCAAGAUGAGGAGGAGUGGAAGGAAUAUCAAAAAGUGAUGGAAGAUGUUGUAAAAUGGAGUGGACUAGACAAGAAUAUCUUUUAUGAUCUUAGAGGGAAUCAUGAUAAUUUUGGAGUGCCAGUUGCUGGUGGUUCAUUUGAUUUCUUCUCAAAGUAUAGCAUCAAUGGGCAAUUGGGAAGAAGUGGGAAAGUCAAUAGCGUCACUCUUCAGACUGGUGGAAGGAAGCAUCUCUUUGUUGGGAUUGAUAGUACAAUGUCUAUUGGUUUACGAGGCCCAACUAAUCUUUUUGGGCAUCCGACUGACCAACUAUUGACUGAAAUAGAUUCUGAGCUCUCACAGUGGAAUUCUCAAUCAGUGGAACCAGUAACAAAGAUUUCCUUUGGGCAUUUUCCUCUUUCAUUCUCAGCACUCUCAUUUUCAGAGAAGAGCCUGAAAGACAUUUUUCUCAAGCAUUCCCUAUCAGCUUAUUUAUGCGGGCAUCUCCAUACAAGAUUUGGGAAGAAUUUGAAGCGCCAUCAUCGACUGGGUCAUCAUUUCUUCCAACCAAAUAUUCAUCCAACACCAUUAGAAAGUGCCAAAAAUUGUUCUAGCAUGGCUGUACCACCAGUUGAAGAAUUUUGGGAGUGGGAAAUGGGUGACUGGAGAAAGAGUAGAGCCAUGCGAAUGGUGGCCAUUGAUAGUGGUUUUGUUUCAUUUCUUGAUAUUGACUUCAAGUCGGGAGCCAAAAAGAUCAUCAUAUUGCCCACAUUUCCGCUUGAUUCACGCCUCAUGUCAACAUCAUCAUCCCUCCACAACUACGAAUGCCAUUCUAUUGAUCCUUCAUCUUACGAGACUGUAAGAGCUCUAGUGUUUUCAGUUUCUCCAAUCAUAUCAGUUGUGGUUAGGAUCUAUGACUCAGAACCUGGAAAUCUCAAUAUGGUGAUGGAGGCACCUAUGAGCAAGCAUGAUGAUAACUCCUCCAGGGGAGAUCUUUAUACUGCUUUGUGGAAUUUUAAAGCCUUCGAGGACCCAUCCCCUGUUAGGUAUUGGCUGCAAAUUGAAGCAAUUGACAUCAUGGGAAGGUCAAGUUUAACUGAACUGAGGCCAUUCUCUAUAAAUGGUCUUAGUGGUAAGCUCUCAUGGACAUGGACGGAGUUCAUAGUCAUGGGUUGUCAAUGGGCGUCAUUGUAUUACCCAGUACUCUGGGCUUGUCUUUUCUUCAUCUUCUCCAUUCUUAUUCUUCCAAAAGUUCUUCUCACUUUCACAAAGGGUCCAUACUCGUAUAAGAGUUUCUGUGCCAAUAAAGGCUUCAGAAGUGGUAUAGCAUGGAUUCUAGUAGAGCUCUGCAGGCUAUCUGUUGUAUGGUUUGGUAUGUUAGGUUAUUUGUUCUACCUCAUAUUGUUCCCUUGGUUCUCUGGGCAAGUUUUCACUGAUGGCGGGGAAAGGAAAUACAUGACCUAUAAGGGCUGGGUGGUGAAAAUUUUUGGUGAGAGUAAAAAACUAGAAUUUAUUGGAUCACCUGACAUAAUGGUGGUUGUUCUUUCCCAUCUCUGUUUUGUGGUUUUGCCAUCUAUUUUGGUGGCAGCCGCAUUGGCUGCUGAAAAGGGGGGGUACAGAGUGGAGUUUCUCUCACGUUCAGGCAAGAAAGAAGACGAUUAUGGUUCAGAGAACAAUCACAGGAGCAAUAGAGGAAUGACAAAGUUCUGUGUUGACAAACGGUGGAUAAGGAAAAUUCUCUUGGUGGUUUGUUUGGUGAUUUGUUGGAAGCAUUUGAAGAACUGCAGAGCUCUUAUGAAAGCUUAUGAGAUGAACCCAUUUCUUCAUUUCCCAGGAUACGGCUUCUCAGUCCCACUAUUGUUGGCUUAUACCAUCUACAAGACGAGGGGAGUCCAAUGAGCUGUUGGGGAGAAGUCCAAUACUACUUUACCUUUAACAUGCAUCAUAUCUCAAGGCAAAUUUUGGAUCUUCCUAUAUGAAAAGGGGAAACCAUUCUUGCUGAUUCAACCACAUGAAAUUAUGUUGGAUCGGCUCAAAAAUUGUUAAUUACCUGCAGAAUAUUGAUACUUAAAGUACAUGAAAGGGCUCAUGAAAACGACAAUGCUCAGAAGCUGAAGCAAAGAAGGAAGGCAAGCAGGAAACUAAUAAACAAAAAUCAAAUAAAAACUCGCGUUGUGUCGAGUUUAGUUUGGUGUAGGGAAGCUCUGAAUCUUGUGAAGCAAUCCAUUCCUAUGAUCAAUGUUAAUGUUGUAGAAAUGCUAGUCUGCUGCAAACUAUGAUGAUGAUGAUGCCAACUCAAAUACAGAAUGAUACUAUUAGGGUCAUGUCUUGAGUAAAAGCGUCUUCUGGGCAUGUUUAUGAGAUUUAACUACAUUUCUCAACCGUGCGACACUCGAAUAUUUCAAAAACACUGGAAGUUUAUGCAGGGCGUGACAUUAAGCAGUCAAUUUUAGUUCAA